CAGUUGGUCGUGGAAGCAAAAGUCGCUUCUACAUCGCUUUCAGUUCGUUGAUAAAUUUUUCUAGCAUUUUUCGUUUUUUGAAUUUGAAUUGUACCCUUUACUCGCACAAAUAUUUUUCAGAAAAUGCUUUCGGACGCAUCAUUAUACAGUAAGCAUCGCAGCCUGCAAAUCUGUAAUACGGAGAUCUUCAUAGCUUCCAUCCUUCCCAAAAUGGACUGGGGCAGGAGUGAGCAGGAGAUAGUCAUGGACGUCGGAUGUGGACCGGGAAAUUCCAUCAACCACUUGUUUCUUCCGAAACUUCCAAAAGCAAACAAAGUGGUUGCAGUUGACGUCCUUCCAGACAUGAUUGAGUUUGCUAAGAAAAAUAAUGCUCAUCCCAAAAUUGAGUACUUUCAAGCGAAUGUGGAAGACAGAUCAUCACUUCUUCAAUGGGAAAAUGGCAUCACAAAAAUCAUCUCCAUAUAUUGUUUCAACUGGCUGAAAGACCAAAAAAAGGCUUUUGAAAAUAUUUACUACGUUUUGAAACCUGGGGGUGAAGCAGCUUUACUUUUCAUACUCACCACUCCAUUUUGGGACAGCUAUAAAGAUCACGUUGAGAAUCCUAAAUGGAACAAUUACUUAAAGGGUGUUGAACCACAUAUCCCCGAGUCACAUUUUAACAAAUAUGGUGCUUCACAUUACAAGAAAAUGCUUGAAAGCAUAGGAUUCAUCGUAAAAGUUUGCGACGACGAAAACAGAAUCCAUGCUUAUCCAAACGAAGAAGAUUGCAAAGUUGCUGCACUGUCAAGAUGCGGUCUAACACAGUACAUUCCAGAAUCAAUGAGAGCGGAAUUCAAGGAAGACGCGUUUCAAGGACUUGUGAAAUAUAACGGCCGAAAUAGCGAAGGCAAGCCAGUUCUGCGCUACACUAAUUUGACUCUUUUGAUUAAAAAACCGGAAGUAAAGGAGUCUUUGUUCUGAAGUCCAAUGUUUUUUAAUGCAGGGGUUCUCGGCCUGGGGACGCGCCAAAUUUGGGAGGCGAAGAGGAAUUUCAAGUUGUCGUGAAUGUAUUCUGCAAAUAAAGUUAAAAAGUAAAACUAACUAUAAUUUAGAUGCAAUAUACCAAACUGGCCGGUUAUCAUCCUGAGACUGCAGUUUUGAUCUUAUUAGAACUCCUCA